AUGGAUGAUGCUAACAUCAUUAGUGAUAUCGGACUUCCGCAACGUUGUCAAAGCGAUUUGAGCGGAAAAUGCUUCUCAUUUUUCGCGCAGUUCACCGCAUCCAUCAUUAUGAGCAGAGCUUUUGCGCGGACAAUAAAGAUGCUACAAGCCAGCGAAGAUGUAGCUGAAAAGGGUGGAGAAGCAACCGAUCCAACGAAGGGAAGCGGAACUGGUGAGCACGGGCCAACGGAGAGCCCGAAAAAUGAUACGAUGGAACACGUAGGCUCUACAGAGAAGCCUUUGGAAUCAACGAACGUAACGAGUUCUGAGCAGACAAAUGUAACUCAUACCGAAUCUAAGCCUCCACCGGAUGGGACAGAAGGCCAAAAAUCUGAUUCCACCACUCCUGCUGCAAAGCACACUGAUACUGUAUAA